CGAUUACCAUCCAGGCGAUGCCAUAAUCCGAAGAAGAACAUUAAAGAAGAAUAAGAAAAUAUUGACGUCCCAGUAUUGUCAUGUUUGUUACUCAAAUCAUAAAAACAAAUUCCGAUUGACUAUCAUUACCAUCACUGGUCUUACGUGAAAUGUCAAUAAUGGUUGAAGAGGCAAGAAAAUAUCUUCAAGACAUAAUAGCUAGAAUCAGCGGACUGUACUGUAUUUUAGUUACAGACAGAGAUGGUGUACCUCUAUUAAAGGUUGCUACAGAAAAAACGCCAGAACAUGCUACCAGACCCAAUUUCAUAUCAACAUUCGGAUUGGCCAUUGAUCAAGGAAGUAAACUGGGAUUGGGAAAGACAAGCACCAUAAUUUGCUCAUAUUCUCAGUACCAAGUCAUACAGAUGAACAAACUACCUCUCGUAAUAUCUUUCAUCACCAGCGAUUCUUGUAACACUGGACAUGUGCUAGCUUUGGAAACGCAGCUGGCUCCUAUAGUUUCUGACUUAGCUUCAGUAGUUGCAGAAUCAUAGAAUAUAGUCUGAUCAAAAAUAUAUUUAGAUGUUGAGAUUACUUGUUUUAUAUUACUAUUGAUAAAAUAUUUAAGAAAAUU